AUGGCUCAAGCAAACCUUCAGAGCCUUUGUAGCGCUUUGUGUCAGACCGAGGAUCCAGUGCCCGCUUAUCCGCUCAUCGCACGUACGCUAAAAAAGAAUUCACUGCCCGCAUACGAUGCGUUUGGUCCAUUUCCCGACGAAACCAUUGUAUCUGGCAUCGAUCGUGCGCUGUAUUUGAUGGGUGCGCGACGUGUGCAGGAGUUCCUGCACUUGCCAACGCCCUCCAUGGACUCGAGCAACAGUGAUAUAUCGCUAACAGUGUCGCAGGUAUCUUGCCCCGAAUCACAUAGAUCAUGUCGUGUUUGCAAUACCGUUAUAACGACAGACAGCAAAAACAAACGACAAUUGCCCAGCUGCUUGAAGAUGACAAAAACUUGCAGCUGCGCCAAAUGUCGCGCCAGCACUGUGAAAACAAUGAUCUUCUCUAAAAAGCUCUGCUGUUGCAGCAGUUCGUCGGCGUGUUCGACGAAAAGUAGCAUGUCGCGUGUGCAAAUAUGUGAACCACCCAAAUCUUCGAAUCCAUUGAGGCGCUCAUUUUCAUUGUGUUCGUUAGCUUGCCGGAAGCUGAAGCAAAUGCUUACCUUUCCACCGAAAGACGGCUGCAAGCCAAAGUGGCAUUGGGCGCGUCUGCAUUCCACCUCAAAUGGCUGUCAGAUCUAUGAAAUAUUUAAGAAUACCAAUGUGUGCACCCAUCCGUCGGAGUUCGAGAAGAAGCGAACUCCGCAAGUUAUUUUUGUUGUGCUGCAAAAUGGCGUUAUAAUGCCAUUCGAAAUUUUGCCGUCUCACUGA